AUGGUUGCUCACGGUUCUGGCGGGGUGCCGGUUACUGAUAUUCGCGGCGACAAGUCGGACCACUCGCUACUUGAGUGGCUGCAUGGCUCUCUCAAUCCUCCUCAGGGCGAGCCACGCACCUUUCCGACCUUGCUGCUCUAUGAUGAAAAGGGUCUGCAGCUGUUCGAGGAGAUCACAUACCUCGAUGAGUAUUAUCUCACGAAUGCCGAGAUAGAGACUCUCAAAACGCACGCAAAGGACAUUGUUUCACGCGUCCCUCGAGGAACUCGCCUUGUGGAACUAGGAAGCGGCAACCUUCGUAAGGUGAAUAUCCUUCUGAGAGCCUUCGAGGAGGCCGGCAAACAUGUCGAAUACUAUGCGUUGGAUCUAUCGCUCUCCGAACUGAAACGCACCUUUGCUCAACUCGAUACAAAGGCCUACAAGCAUGUCACAUUCCAUGCACUCCACGGCACCUAUGAUGACGCUUUGUCAUGGCUACCUCAUUCGGCCAGCGAGGGCAAACCAACUUGUGUUAUGACACUAGGGUCUUCCCUCGGCAACUUUCCUCGGGAAGAUGCUGCUCGAUUUCUGGGCUCAUUCAGAAAGGUUUUGGCACCAUCCGACUUCCUUCUAGUCGGUCUGGAUGCCUGCCAGGACCCUGACCGGAUUUUCCGGGCUUACAACGACAGUGCCAAGGUUACGGAGAACUUCUAUCGGAACGGCCUGAAUCACGCCAACAAAGUGCUUGGUUACGAGGCUUUCAAGCAGGAGCAAUGGCAAAUCGCAACCGAGUACGACGCAAAGCUAAACAAGCAUCAGGCCUUCUAUGUCCCCUUGGAGGACAUCGAAACUCCGGACUUCUCUUUCAGCAAGGAAGAGAAAAUCCACGUUGAAGACGCUCACAAAUUCUCCGAGGCUGAAAGUGACCGACUUUGGCACAAGGCUGGUCUGAUCCCUCAAGUAGCGUACUCCAACAAGAGGAAUGAUUAUUUCCUCCAUCUCCUGUCCCCGGCUACCAUCAACUUCCCCACAAAGCCAUCAGAGUAUGCGACUCACCCUGUCCCAUCGUUGAGAGACUGGCAACAGCUAUGGGUGGCUUGGGACGUCGUGACACGGUCAAUGGUACCGAGAAACGAGCUGUUAAACAAGCCAAUCAAGUUACGAAACGACCUCAUCUUCUACCUUGGACAUAUCCCCACAUUUGCAGACAUCCAUUUCACCCGGGCCACUGGGGACAAGCCGACAGAUCCCGCCUCCUACAGGUCCAUUUUUGAAAGGGGAAUCGACCCAGAUGUGGACAAUCCUGAGGUGUGCCAUGAUCAUAGCGAGAUUCCUGACACAUGGCCUCCCCUGGGGGAGAUUCUCGACUACUCACAGCGAGUUCGUGCCCGCAUCGCCGAUAGCCUCGAUACUGGUCGGGCGUACAACGAUCGCAAGCUUAGCCGUGCACUGUGGCUCGGCUAUGAACAUGAAGCCAUGCAUCUGGAGACGUUUCUUUAUAUGUUACUUCAAAGUGAACGCGUACUGCCACCGCCAGGGCAGGAGACGCCGGAUUUUGCGGCUCUGGCGUCAGAAGCUCGUUCCAACCGUGUGCCUAAUCAGUGGCACCGUAUUCCCAGCAACAAGGUCAAAAUCGGCCUCGACGACCCCAAAGACGAUUCGGGUCCGGUUCGAUUUUUCGGCUGGGACAAUGAAUGCCCUGCCCGGACUGUGGUCGUGAGGGAGUUCGAAGCCCAAAGUCGCCCUAUCAGCAAUGGUGAAUACGCGCGGUUUCUCGAGGUCACGCAAAAGAGCCUUCCAGCAUCGUGGAUGUCCUCGAAAACCGAAACAUCUAUAAACGCUACCAAUGGCACACAGAAAGCCGAUGAAGCCAAUGGUGAUUCCGCAUCGGUCCUCGAGAUGGCGAGCUCUUCUUUCAUUGCGGACAAGGCUAUCCGGACUGUCUAUGGACCUGUUCCCCUCAAAUACGCCCUAGAUUGGCCAGUGAUGGCAUCCUACGACGAAUUGGCCGCUUAUGCACACUGGUCAGGUGGUCGGAUCCCAACUCUUGAAGAGACACGAAGUCUGUAUCAGUUCGUCGAGUCGCAGAAACCGGCCGUUGAAAGGGUCUCCAGCGUGUUGAUCUCGGCAGUGAACGGUCAUCUGUCCAACGAAGGUGUGGAAGAGACGCCGCCAUCCAGCCAUUCCUUGCCCAAAGGCACUGUCGCCAAUGGCGAUAGUGCAACGGAAUCGUCCUCCUUGCCGGAUCCUAAUGAUAUUUUCACCGAUCUUUCUGGUCGCAAUGUGGCGUUCCGUCACUGGCAUCCGACACCCGUGACGGGCGAGGGCGGACGACUCUGCGGCCAGAGUGACGUGGGCGGCCUUUGGGAAUGGACCAGCACACCGUUGGCACCGCACGACGGGUUCGAGCCGAUGGAACUGUAUCCAGGUUACACAGCCGACUUCUUCGAUGGCAAACACAACAUCUGUCUCGGCGGCAGCUGGGCCACCGUCCCCCGCAUUGCCGGCCGCAGAUCCUUCGUCAACUGGUACCAGAGAAACUACCCGUAUGUCUGGUGUACCGCCCGGCUUGUCAGGGAUAUUGCCGCAUAA